UUUGAGUUGCUGAUGGAGCUUUCUCUUCAUUGUCAAAUGCAAAAACCUUGUUCUCAUCCAUCACCAACACAUAACAAGUUUUUCACUCAUGAUUCACUUUGUGCUUUUGAUUAGUAGACAAGGAAAAGUGAGGUUGACAAAAUGGUAUUCUCCUUAUUCUAUGAAGGAAAGAAGUAAGGUUAUAAGGGAGCUUAGUGGAAUCAUUCUUAAUCGUGGACCAAAACUUUGUAAGUUUGUCGAAUGGAGAGGAUACAAAGUGGUUUAUCGAAGGUAUGCAGGUUUGUAUAUUUGCAUGUGUGUUGACCACGACGAUAACGAGCUAGAGAUUCUUGAAAUAAUUCAUCAUUAUGUUGUGAUAUUGGACCAUUAUUUUGGAAGUGUGUGUGAGUUGGAUUUGAUCUUCAAUUUUCACAAGGCUUACUACAUCUUGGAUGAAAUUUUGAUUGCUGGGGAACUCCAAGAAUCAAACAAGAAAACAGUUGAACGUUUGAUAGAUGCACAAGAUUUAUUGGAGGAAGUUGCGGAAGAGGAUGCUAGUUCAGUAAAUCACAUAAUAGCACAAGCGUCAAAAAAUAAAUAAAGGGCUCACAUUGCUUAUAGGAU